GAGAGCUCAAGGAUACAAUUGAAAAGUAUCUCAAGACUUCUACUGAGCUAACUAGUAACAGCCUUGCCAUUGUCUCUUGGAUAUCGAAAGUAGCUAACUCUGUGAAGCUAAGGCGGUUGCUGAGUCAAGACGGUACCGCGACUAGCCAUGGCAUCCCCGAGUGGCUGCACCAGACAGACCGGAGGCUAAUUGAAAGUUCUGAUUUGAGGAAGAAGGCCAGCAUUGUUGUGGCGAAAGAUGGGAGUGGUAAGUACAAGACAAUAGGUGAUGCACUCAAGGCUGUGCCGGACAAAAGCAAGAAGAGAACAGUCAUCUACGUGAAGAAGGGGGUUUAUUUCGAGAAUGUUCGAGUCGAGAAAUCCAAGUGGAAUGUUGUGGUGGUGGGCGAUGGAAUGACUGCAACGAUUGUGUCUGCCAGCCUCAACGUUGUGGACGGAACUCCCACCUUUUCCAGUGCAACAUUUGCCGUAUUUGGGAAGGGAUUCGUUGCUAGAGACAUUGGAUUUCGUAACACAGCCGGAGCAGCCAAGCACCAGGCGGUAGCACUAAUGUCGAGUGCUGACCAGACGGUGUUCUACAGAUGCCGCAUCGAUGCGUUCCAGGACUCGCUCUACGUUCAUGCCAAUCGCCAAUUCUACCGAGAGUGCGACAUCUACGGAACAGUUGAUUUCAUUUUUGGAAACUCAGCAGUAGUCCUCCAGAACUGUAAGGUGUUCCCCAGGGUACCAAUGACUGGCCAGCAGAACACAAUCACGGCACAA